CCAUGGCCAUGAGAGAUGAGUGUGGGCCCAACCAGAUGCUGGCUAUACCAGUUAAAGCCUCCACUGAAAAAAAAAAAAAAAAAAAAAAAGGAAAAACCAAAAUCAUUAAUCUUCUGUGGUAAACAAACACUGAUCUCCAUAGCUCUUAACAAGAAUACCCCAAUAAAUGAUUGGACAUUUAAUCGACAAAUAAUCAAAGGCUACCUCCUUUGAAGUAAGGUAUUUUCCUCAGGGACUGAGUUCCUGUGCAGGUUGGGCCUGGGAAAGCCCCAAGCAAUCAGGUUAGGUCUGGCCAGCCUCCUAGGCUGCACAUCUGGCCAGAUGUGCAGGCGGGUGGGUUUUCCUCAACUCCUGGAUUAACCAAAGAGAAAACCUUUCCACCAAGCACCCAGGCAGGGCCUAGAGCAGGAAGGCAGAGAUUUUCCUGUUCUAGCACUUCUCAUUCUGGUUUCCCCUGACCCAUUCCUGAGUGAGUGCCAGCGUUCUAGAAUGGGGAGAGGGCCAGGUUCUAGAAUGGUUUUCCCUCACGAUCCUAUCUGGAACAGGAGAAGGGCAUCCUGUACAUCAGCUAGGAAUAAAUUGCCUGGCCUUUGGCCACUUUCUCUGCAGACUCUUGCUUCUCUUCCUGGCUGCCCAAUCCUUUCUCACCCUGGCAGUGAUUUCUAGAAGCCCAGACCUUCAGUGCCUUGGUUUUGCCCUGCCCCCUCUGACCAUUGCCUCCUGCAGGCAUGAACCUGGCCCACACCACGGUGCUCCUGUGGGUGUGGGGGAGUCUCCAGGCCUUUGAAAUCGUGGAGAAGGAGGACAUCUUUCAGAGGACCCCCUGCCCCGCUUUUCUGAUAUUUGACAACGCAGCCUACCUGGCAGACAUGAGCUUUGAGCUUCCCUGCCGCUGCAAGCCUGAGGAGGUGUCUGCUGUAGUCUGGUACUAUCAAAAGCACCUAGGGAGCAGCCACACCAAAGUGCUGACAGACUUCGAUGGGCGGGUGCUGACCGAGGAAACCCAGGCGCGCGUGGGCAGUGACAUGCUGGUCCGCUUCAGCAUCCGCAUGUUCAGCCUGUUGGUUUUCCGGGCCCAGCCCGAGGACUCGGGCUUGUAUUUUUGUGGCACCCGCAAGGGGGACUACUUCUAUGCCUAUGAUGUGGACAUCCAGAGCGGUGAGGGAAUGGUGGCCACCUUCAAGGACCUGGGCCAGGAGCCCUUUGCAGACGAGCACCGUGGGAGCCUCCACAUCUUCACCGCCUUCUGGGAGUGGACCCCCUGCGACCGCUGUGGGGUCCGUGGGGAGCAGUGGCGCAUUGGCCUCUGCUACUUGAGGAGCCCAGAUCUCUCCCCACGCUACCAGAAGACGCUGCCCGAUGUGGUGUCCUGUGGCUCGCAGGCCGUGCCCUGGAAGCUUCGGGCCACGGCCAGGGAGCACACGCCCGAGCUACUGGUUCAGAGCUGCGUGGUGCCCUGUGAGAAGAAGACGACCCAGCAGGGCGUGAUGGCCAUCUUCAGUUACGUGUCCAAAGUGGGCAGCCGGCCCUGGGUGCCUCAGGUGCCCAUUCAGUUCCACCAGCAGAGGCUGGGCCACGGACUCAUCAUCUCCUGUCCCGGGGCCCGGCCGGAGCACGCCGUGGCCUGGGACAAGGACCGCCAGUACCUCUACCGAACGCAGUACCUGAAGGGCGUCAACAGGUCCAUGAGGGUGUUCAUCGACCAUGGCAACCAUCUCCACAUCCGCUUCACCCAGCUAAGUGACCGGGGCAUCUACUAUUGCUGGCGGCAGGGGGUGCAGGUCGCUGGGUUCCGACUGGGUGUCACGUCUCAAGGCCGCUACCGGCCCUCAUUCUCGGACCCUGAGACUCGCUCCGCCGUGGAACUGACCCUGAUAGGCUACCUGUUCAUCACGGUAGUCUUUGUGGCCAUUCACCUCUGUCGUUGCUGCUGUUACUUAUUUCGCUGUUGUCCCAACUUCUCCCCCUAGGCCCCCCUCUUCCCCAGCUCUGAAGACCAGUUUUGCUCA